UCCUGGGUGCGGCGUGGCUGUGCGUGGUGGCCUGCUGGCCUGCUAGCUAGAAUGUGAUUUCAUAUUGGACAAGAAGCAGUAACUGAACAUCUGCCGGCUGACUUGUUUUAGAAUCCCCAAGAGCCAUGUGGCUAAGGAACCAUCAUUUCUCUGAAGUCGAGGGUGUACAUUGCUGCUCAGGUUAAAGUUGGACCACAAGAGCUCUGACUGCCUGGCUGGCCAGGAGGACAGCUGUGCUGUGCCAGUGAAGUUACUGUCUGGAGGCUGCACCACUUGAGACUGGAGAGUGAGAGCCCUGGGAGAUGACUGUGCCAUGUGGCUCACCCUGUGAGCAGCCCCAUGGGCCCAGGGAUUCCUGAGGGUUCCCAGGCAAAGGAACCAUGAUGUCUGGUGGAGACCAGGAGCCAGGUCACUAUUAUGUGGGCAUCGAUGUUGGAACAGGUAGUGUGCGUGCAGCCCUGGUAGACCAGAGAGGAAUACUUCUGGCUUUUGCAGAACGGCCAAUUAAGAAGUGGGAGCCACAAUUCAACCACCAUGAGCAGUCCUCAGAGGACAUCUGGGCAGCGUGUUGCCAUGUCACAAAGAAAAUUGUUCAAGGAAUUGAUGUACACCGAAUCCGAGGACUUGGGUUUGAUGCCACGUGUUCUUUGGUUGUCUUGGACAAACAGUUUCAUCCUUUACCAGUAAACCAUGAAGGGGAUUCCUAUCGAAACAUUAUCAUGUGGCUGGACCAUCGAGCAGUCAGCCAGGUUCACAGGAUCAACAAGACCAAGCAUGAUGUCCUUCAGUAUGUAGGUGGUGUGAUGUCUGUGGAGAUGCAGGCCCCAAAGCUCCUCUGGCUGAAGGAGAACUUGAGAGAGACUUGCUGGGACAAGGCGGGACAUUUCUUUGAUCUCCCAGACUUCUUAUCAUGGAAGGCAACAGGUGUCACAGCACGGUCUCUCUGCUCACUGGUGUGCAAAUGGACAUACUCAGCAGAGAAAGGUUGGGAUGACAGCUUCUGGAAGAUGAUUGGUUUGGAAGAUCUCAUUGGUGAUAAUUACAGCAAAAUAGGAAAUCUCGUGCUGCCUCCUGGAACUUCUCUUGGAAGUGGGCUCACACCAGAGGCAGCCAAAGAGCUGGGUCUUCCCCCGGGCAUUGCUGUGGCAGCCUCACUCAUUGACGCCCAUGCAGGAGGACUAGGAGUAAUUGGAGCAGAUGUGAGAGGUUAUGGUCUCGUCUGUGAGGAACAGCCAGUGACAUCACGGCUAGCUGUCAUCUGUGGAACAUCAUCUUGUCACAUGGGGAUCAGCAAAGAUCCAAUUUUUGUGCCAGGCGUUUGGGGACCUUAUUUCUCAGCCAUGGUUCCUGGCUUCUGGCUGAAUGAAGGUGGUCAGAGUGUGACUGGAAAAUUGAUAGACCAUAUGGUGCAGAGCCAUGCUGCUUUUCCUGAACUACAAGCCAAGGCCACAGCCAGAUGCCAGAGUAUAUAUGCAUAUUUGAACAGUCACCUGGAUCUGAUUAAGAAGGCUCAGCCUGUGGGUUUCCUCACUGUUGAUUUACAUGUUUGGCCAGAUUUCCAUGGCAACCGAUCUCCCUUAGCAGAUCUGACUCUAAAGGGCAUGGUCACUGGAUUGACACUGUCUCAGGGCCUUGAUGAUCUUGCCAUCCUCUACCUCGCCACUGUUCAAGCCAUUGCUUUUGGGACUCGUUUCAUCAUUGAGGCCAUGCAGACAGCAGGGCACUCUCUCAGUACCCUCUUCUUAUGUGGAGGCCUAAGCAAGAACCCCCUUUUUGUGCAGAUGCAUGCUGACAUUACUGGCAUGCCUGUGGUCCUGUCACAAGAGGUGGAGUCUGUCCUCGUGGGUGCUGCUGUUCUGGGUGCCUGUGCCUCUGGGGACUUCACAUCUGUGCAGGAGGCAAUGGCGAGAAUGAGCAAAGUGGGGAAAGUUGUGUUUCCAAGACGUGAGGAUAAAAAAAUAUCCCGUAAAUAUCUCUACGUGAAGAUGAGGAAGUUUCUGCACAAACGGGUUAUGUAUCAUAUCCAAGUUUACACAGAUAUUAUGACAAGAAGUAUCAAGUAUUUCUGAAGAUGGUGGAACACCAGAAGGAGUAUUCGGCAAUCAUGAAUGGAAACUGAACAGCGUUUGUGGGUGCCAAUCCAGAAAGACUCUGUGCCAUUUGUUAGGCGUCCCUGCAUUUCCAUCUUAUAUUCAAUGCCCUUUAGGUAUUAUGUUGGCAUACCUGUCUCAUCUUCUAAUAAAAAUUUUGGCAUGCACAAGCAUAA